GCAGCCCCGUGGCACGCAGCUCUCGUGGGCCUCUGCACGACUCCUGCAGCUCUGAGCUGAGCUGCUGCGCCCAGCCGUGGUGCUGAGCUGGGGGAUUCGGGAUCCUGCUGCUCUCAGAGGGCUCGGCCAUGGGAGACCCGGAACCAAGCGGUCUUGGCUCUCACGAGAAGGCACCCGAGAGCAGGAAGAGGUACAGCGAGAUCUUCCGGAGCCUGGACGCCAUCGAGAUCUCACUGGGAAACGCGACGGUGGAGAUGUUGAUGGGUGAUGCUGAGAGCAGCGAGGGCACAGAGCCCAGCCCAGCGAGGGAGCUGCUGCCGUUGAGUGAAACCUUCUCCAAGAGCAAACCCAGUUCAGAGAGGCAAGUGCAGCCAGAGCUCACAGCUCAGGAGGCCGACGAGAUGCUGAGCAGAUGCGAAGGCGGCAUCGAGGCGGCCCUGGACUACGCCAAGAUGUGGUGUAAAUACGUCAAAGAGCUGCUCAGCUGGAUCGAGAAACGCCUGAGCUACGAGACAGAGUUUGCCAAGGGGAUGGUGAAGAUCGCAGAAGCAGGACGAAACGCCAUCUGCCACCAGCACCAGAUGCCUCUCCGGGCUCUCUACACCAUGGUCCUGGAACACGACAUCAAGGUUGGAAACGCGGCUGCUGAGGCUGUGACACUGCUCCACCAGAAGGAAUUCUACCAGCCUCUGUCAGCCAAGAAGAAUGAAAUUGAGAAGUGGAGGAAAGAAUUCAAAGAUCAGUGGGCAAAGGAGCAGAAGAGAAUGCACGAGUCGCUGUCGUCGCUGCGCAAGUCGCGCCUGCAGUACACCCAGCGCUGCGAGGAGCUGGACAGAGCCAAGCAGCUGAGUGCCAAGGCUGAGGACGAGUACCAGAGCUCAGCCAGCACCAACCCGGGCAGCGCCAGCCGGCAGCUGGAGAGGCGGCGCCGCUCCUGUGAGGAUGCUCAAGCCAAGGUCCAGGAGGCAGAAGCUCAGUACAGGACGUGCAUCAGCGACGCCAACCUCCGCCGGCACGAGCUGGAGAAGGUGCGAGCCAGGAUCGUCUCCCACGUCAGGAAGCUCAUUUACCAGGGGGACGAGAUGCUCACCUGGGUCACUUUAAGGAUGUUCAAGCAACGGCAAGCUCAGUCAGAAGAGAUCCCAGCAGGAUACCAGCACCUGACCGAGGUCUGCAAGCCCUACAGAGCGGGCGAGAAGUACCUGGAGUUCAUCCAGGCUCUGCAGAAGAAAGACAUUCCCAUGGAAGUGUUUGAGUUCGAGCCACUGGCUGCUGGAGGGCAGAGGUCCCCUCCCAGUAGCAAAAAGAAGCUGGUGUUGCAUCACACGGGACCCUCCUCAGCAGCCAGAGACGUGAGCACUCCGGAUGACACGUCCAGGAGGCAAUUCUCCCCAGAUGGUGAACACAGUGCAAACAGAUCCCUCUGCAGCGACACAGAAAGUCUGGGUGGGAGCUGUGAAUCCCGCUCCCUGGACUCUCCCAGUUCCAGCCCAGGCAACACCAGCAGGAAGCUGCUGAAAGCUCCAUCCACUGGCACCGUGUCGUCCUCGGAUGACUUCGAAGAGAGAGAGUCCCUGCACACGCUGGAAGCCGAGAAUGGCUCGUCCCAGCAGCAGCUGAAGAACGUUUCCCUCUCGUGUGCUGCCCAGAGCCACCGGCUCCGCCGCCUGCGGGGACCGUCCAAGUGCAGGGACUGCGACACCUUCAUGGUCAGCGGCUUCGAGUGCGAGGAGUGCUGCCUGGCCUGCCACAAGAAGUGUCUCGAGACCCUGCUCAUCACCUGCGGCCGCAAGAAGCUGCCCAACCGGGCGCCUCUGUUCGGCAUCGACUUGGCGCAGGUCCCUCGGGACUUCCCGGAGGAAAUUCCCUUCCUGGUGCUGAAAUGCACCUCGGAGAUCGAAGCCCGUGCCCUGGCAGUGCAGGGCAUCUACCGGGUCAGCGGCUCCAAGGCGCGUGUGGAGAGGCUGUGCCAGGCUUUCGAGAGCGGCCGCAGCCUGGUGGAGCUCUCCGAGCACUCCCCCCACGACAUCACCGGCGUCCUCAAGCAUUUCCUCAAGGAGCUCUCGGCACCGGUGCUGCUGCCCCAGCUCUACGACGACCUCAUGGCGCUCGCCAAAGAGCUGCAGAAAGCUGGGGAGGAAAAGCUGGACUGUGCAGGUUUUCCCUCUGACCCCGUCCAGAGCAUGAAGGACUUGCUGAGCAAACUGCCUGGAAGCAACUACAACACCCUGAGGCACCUGAUUGCCCACUUGUACAGGGUGGCAGAGAAUUACGAGGAGAACAAGAUGUCCCCAAACAACCUGGGCAUCGUGUUUGGUCCCACGCUGAUCCGGCCGGGCUCGGGGAGCGACGUGUCCAUGUCCUGCCUUGUUGACUCCGGGUACCAAGCCCAGAUUGUGGAGUUUCUCAUCCAGAACUACGAGAGGGUGUUUGGGAUGGACGACCUGCCCUCGUCCUUAUCCCCAGGAGGUGAAAACCCUUCGCAGGAAGCAUCAGCAGCAGAGGGUGAAGGACCCGAGAGCCCGAACACAGCCCAGAGCGUGACCCUGGAGAGCCUCUCCUCCCAGCACGGUGCAGUCGUGGGCUGCGCCUCUGAGAACUCGUCCUGCAGAGAGGCCGUGGAUGAGCUGACUCUGGAGGGAGCCCACAGCCUGCUAAGCCUGGAUGCUCAUGAGAUGAACACGAGUGUUGGCUCUGAGCUGGAGGACCUGGAGGACUCUGGGCAGGAGAAGACAGACAGUGACUCAGAGUCAGUGCUGGGGACCAAGCCCAAGGGCCACUUCAGCCGACAGCCCGUCAAGUACAUCCGAGUGCAGGCGAAAACGAAGCCGGUCAUUCCCACCUCCUCCAGCCUGGCCCUGUGGGCUACCAACGUGGCCACCGAGCCUGGUGCAGAGGGCAACGCUGCUGAGAGCAGCUCCAGCACAAAGGAGGUGCUGGAGGAGCUCAGGCAGGGCUCGGGGGGGAGGCAGCAGCUCAGACACUUUGAGAUCACGCAGGAGACAGCCAGGAUCGUCUCCAAGUUCAAAGCCAGAGAUGCUUCUGCAUCCCCUGAGCCUUCUCUGGACAGCACCCAGAGAGCAGAGGACGCCAACCCAGGGACAUACCUGUAGGAGUAACCUGAGGGGUGCCAGAACAGCAAGGGAAGGGCUGAAAGGACUGAAAUCCUGCUGAGCAGAGGAACAGCGAUGGGGAGAGAACGGCCUGACUGCUUACCAGGCAGGCUGGAGAGAAGGCACCUGCCUGGUGGGGUCUGAGCUAGCCCAGGGCUUGCUUUUCACUCGUUAGCAAACCCAUGUGAGCAAUAGAAGCAAGCCCAGGGGCUCGCUGCCUGCUCAGCACGAAGGGACACGCGGGAAGCAGAGGAAACACGGGCUGCCUGGCUUUGCAAGAGCUCAGCAAGGAGGAUGCUGGGCAGAAAAUGCACCCAAAGGCUCAUUUCCAGGCAGCUGCAACAAGCACUGGGGUUUGCCACUUGUAUUUCACAGCUUUUUUUGGAGCUUAACUCGCUUUUUGAGUGUCCUGGGACAGGGCACAGGGGCAAAGCUCCUGCCCUCGGGACCCUUCUGCUUCCCUCGCUGGAGUCAGCACGAAGCCACUCAGCCAGGGGAAGAGCUGCUGUGUUUGUCUCCAGAACAGCAGUUCCCUUUCCCUCAGAGCACGUGGAGCUUGUGCAAUCCCCACACGUGAAAUCCCCGACCCCCCAGAUGAGAUUCCUGGGUUCUAAGGCGAGGCUGUUCCGAGCUGCUGGGUCUCACCCAGCCCUGGGCUACCCCGAUGCUCCCCUCUGCAGCAGCUUUUGCAUCCACCCAAGUGGCCCCCGAGGCUGGGGCAAAGCCGGUCCCACAGUGCCACCUCCUGACAAGGGCUUGGGGAGGGCUCUGAGCUCCGGGAUGGGCAUUGCUCAGCCUCUCAGGAGCUCCUUGGUCUGUCUCUACACACCCACGACCUCAGAACCUUGUGCACUGAGGCAGGUUUUCAGCGGUUGCUGCAAAGGAGCUGGGAGAUGAGACCCCCAGGGCUAAAGGGAAACGUUACUACACUUCCCCCAGCUCCAGAGGGUGAAGGAUCCACUUUGCAAACUGCUUUUGUCUCCUCCAAGGCUCCAUCCUGCCUCCUACCACAGUUAGAAGCAACGCUGAGGAUCUGCCCUCAGCCCCUGGCUGUGCAGGGCCAAGGGGAGUUUGCACCUCUGCAGCAAUGUAUAUUUGUACAUGAGAGUGAUUUGAGGCCUUGAAGAGUAAAUUAUCUCUUUGCUGUAGAACUUCUGCAAUAAAU